ACUGUGGUACGUAGGUAAUUAUCUGGAAAGAAAACAGUAAUGGAUGGAUGAAGCUGCAAGAAUUUAUCAACCACGAUUCAUCAGUGAAUUCUCUUUGCUGGGCUCCCGAAGCCUAUGGAUUGAUGCUGGCUUGUGGCUCCUCAGAUGGAAGUGUUUCAAUCAUAUCAAGUGAAGGUGACGGACACUGGCAGGUAAAAAAGAUCAACAAUGCACACACAAUUGGAUGUAAUGCUGUCAGUUGGGCGCCUUCGACGCAUCCUGGGUCCCUUUUUAAUAUUGCUGAUGAACCGAAGCGUGGCGAAAUAGAGAAACGAUUAGUGACUGGAGGCUGCGAUAGUUUGGUAAAAAUAUGGAAGAUGAGUGCAACUGAUGGCCAGUGGGAAGAGGAAGAGAAGCUGGAAGCACAUAGCGAUUGGGUGUGUGAUGUGGCCUGGGCGCCAAAUAUUGGAUUGCCUACAAGUAAAAUUGCCAGUUGUUCCCAGCUUUCGUUUUCUUCAUGUCGUUGCUUCUUUUUCUCGUAGCUUUCGUUUUCUU